UUUGUAUUUCACUAUUAGAUAUUUAAGUGCUUGUCAGACUAAUCACGUGACUUCGCCAAAACAAGGAAGUGUACAGUUAGUUAUACCGAGAAAGUUUGUGGGAUCACUGUUUGUAAAUUAAGAGCUAACGUAAUCCUUUAAACAUUCAACAAUAUGGCAAGUAACACAUCCGUACGGUGUGCACAGGAACACGUUACUUACACGUGUGCUUUAUGCGACAGUCCGGACAACGUGAACUGGUAUUGUAACGACUGUCAGCAGACGUUAUGUGAUCGGUGUAAGGAAACCCAUACACGCGGGAAGAAAUCUAGAAACGAUGACGUCGUAGCAAUAGGAAAGGCUAAUCGUCAGAGUGACAAGCCUGUACCAGAGGUAUGUAACUUACACCCCGGUAAACUGUGUGAUCUCUACUGUUCGGACUGCAACGAGUUGCUUUGUGGGAUGUGUGUAUCCAAAUCUCAUAAACACCACAACUGGAAACCCAUCGAAGAAGAAUUUCCUACUAAAAAGCAACAAUUAAAAAGACACAUCACAACAAUAUCUUCUAAAAUACAACACGUCAAGAACGAGACAUCAAAGCGACAUCGUGCUAACGAAGCCUUCAAAGAAAACAUUGAUACAAUGAGGAAAGAGGUAGACACUCAGGGAACCAAGCUGAAGGCAGAAGUAGAUUCUCUCGUGGAUGCAGUGCAGGCCGAGUUAUCUUCACUAGAGCAAGAAGUAUCAGGAGCUCAUACGAACUUUUGUCUGCGAUCUCAGGAAAAAGUCGUAGAGUUGACACGACUGCUGGAAAAAGCAGAAAAAUCGUAUAAAACGAAUGUAGCUCUAUUUGAAACAGAAAAGUCAUUAUAUACAACUCUUCCUCUGUAUGAUGUUAAUUUCAAGGAUGCCUUACCAAACUCACCACGCUUGGAUACCGGAAGUAUCGACCGUGUUGUUUUGACGAAAAUGGUGGGUGAAUUAUUUUCAGACAUCCAUGCGGACGAGAUUGAUAUCGAUAUUGAAAACGUUCAACGCCUUUCUAUGUUUACAGUUACCGACAAAGAGGAAAUAUUGAGUAUAUGCCCGGUCAACAACAGUCAUGCGUGGUUAACGAUGAAUCGAUACAAGGGUCUGUUGCUGGUCAACAGGGAGGGUGUGGUCACCAACACAGUACAGCUGGACUUCUGUCCGUACAGAACCACCUUGAUCGGAACAUCAGACAUAAUUCUGACGAGCUAUGAUGAUAGCACAUACGUGUAUAAACUAUCACUACACAACAAGCAAGUGACAACAUUUGCUGACAUCAGACCACAUAUAGCAUUGGAUAUCAGUAUCAAUGAGAGGGAGGAAGUGUUUGUUAGUACCAAAACACAAUGCAUAGUGGUACUGGAUAAGUCAGGUAAGGCUUUGACGAAGUUGAGUUGUGAAAUGAAAGCAUGGAGCAUUGCAAGUCUGUCUUCAGGAGACAUGGCGGUAAUUGAUGUUAAUAACGUGCUUGUCAUAAUAGACAGUUCUGGCAAAACCAAAUUUGAAUGGACUGGUGAACUCGACAACGGUCAAAAGGUUGAUGAUAUGGACCUCUAUCAGAUGUCACGUGACAAGUACGACAGAGUGUUUGUACCAGACAGUUUGAACGACCAGGUGUAUGUCCUACCGAGAGACGGUAAACAGGCCGCGUGUCUCUUGGGCAAGAAAUACAAAGUGACCAAUCCUAUAGCGGUGGGUGUGGACACAUGUGGACAUGUGUGGAUCGGGGGUGCAAACGGCAUCGUGCACGUCAUGCAACUAUAAGAUGGUCUAGGCAAUGUGACACCACAUGUUUUGCUAAUUACGAUAUAAGUAUUUUUGCUUAAGAUAGAUAUUAAACUAUUUUUUUUUUCUUUUUCUGAACAACAUGUAAUAAUAAUCUACGAUGAAAAGGACGUUACUUGUACCUGGUUUGGUACUAAUUAAGUAUAAUACACGUUUUUCAUAAGUCCGUCCUUAACAUCAUCCCACUGUAGGGCUCGAUAUAUCAUUGAUCUGAAUUGCAAAAUGACAUAGUAAGGUAUUCCAUAGUGAUAGAAACUUCAGAUAUUUUUUCAGAAUCGCUUAAUAUCAUCGCUAAUUUUCAAUUGCUUGUACAUUUCUAUUGCAUGUUUAAUUCCAUUCUACGUUUACAUCGGUUUAUUGAAAUAUUGAACAUGGUACAUAAUCAAAGCCAAUAUUGGGGAGGAACGGUAGUCUAGUGGUAGGACGCCAGGCUCAUGACCGAUGGUUUGCGGGUUCGAGUCACGGCACGGCACUGUGUUGUAUCUUUGGGCAAGAUAGUUUACUCUGCUUGUUUAAGUCUACUCGGCUGUAAAUGAGUACGUGGUUGGGCAGUGCUAGAAUUGUUGAAUGCUAACGGUGAGCGCCGAAAUGGCAGCACCGACUGUUGGGAAAGAUAUCGGCUUGUUGCAAGGGACA